UGCGGUGCAGAGCGGAGGCGGAGGCGGGCGCGCGGGCAGCUCGCGGGCACCCGGCCGGGCGGGCGCGGGAGCGGGAAAGGGUGCGCUAUGCCUUUAACGCCCGCGUACAGUAGACAUGUAUAGUGGAGUGUAGGGAAACUCUAGGCGGGGUUAAAGUUCAGCUCAUGGAGCGGCAAUCGCGCUGGCUGGCUGGCUGCAGUUGAGCCGAGUUGGAAAUGUGAACGCAAGAAGCAGGCUUGAUUUUUUUUCUCCCCCCUUCUCUCUCUCUCUCUUCCUCUCUCCCUCUUUCUCCUUUCUCACCCGCACUCACGCACACCUCCAAACCGCACACCCAGACGCACACGCACACCCCACCGCCCGGCAGUUAUGUAUUCUCCGCUCUGUCUCACCCAGGAUGAGUUUCAUCCUUUCAUUGAAGCACUUCUGCCCCACGUCCGAGCCUUCGCCUACACAUGGUUCAACCUGCAGGCCCGAAAACGAAAAUACUUCAAAAAACAUGAAAAGCGCAUGUCAAAAGAAGAAGAGAGAGCCGUGAAGGAUGAGUUGCUAAGUGAAAAACCAGAGGUCAAGCAGAAGUGGGCAUCUCGACUUCUGGCCAAGUUACGGAAAGAUAUCCGCCCCGAGUACCGAGAGGAUUUUGUUCUUACAGUUACAGGGAAAAAGCCUCCAUGUUGUGUUCUUUCCAACCCAGACCAGAAAGGCAAGAUGCGAAGAAUUGACUGCCUUCGCCAGGCAGAUAAAGUCUGGAGGUUGGACCUCGUUAUGGUGAUUUUAUUUAAAGGUAUUCCGCUCGAAAGUACUGAUGGUGAGCGCCUUGUAAAGUCCCCACAGUGCUCGAAUCCAGGGCUCUGUGUGCAGCCCCAUCACAUAGGGGUUUCUGUUAAGGAACUCGAUUUAUAUUUGGCAUACUUUGUGCAUGCAGCAGAUUCAAGUCAAUCUGAAAGUCCCAGCCAGCCAAGUGACGCUGACAUUAAGGACCAGCCAGAAAACGCAAAGAAAAAAGUCGAAGCUGCUUUGUCUUAGAGAACUCGACUGAAGCUUAGCCUAGAGGAAAAUCAGCCUACUCAGUAUCCUCUACCUGCCUUUUGUCAAUCUCAGAUGAAGUUAUUGGAGGAAAUGUGAUUUUACCUCUUUUCUAAAGACACAUAAUCCCUAGAGGAAAAUAAAUGAAGAGUUGAGGACCAGGUAUUUACAUGCAUUAGAGAACUUUCUAGUGUUGCUUUGACCAAGAGCGAUAUUUCUUUUUCAUUACCUAGGCUAUGGAUGACAAGUUCCUGAAAGGUUUUCAUUUGUUUCAUUUUUGUUUUUAAAAAGGCAGCUCUCAUAAAUGUAUCAACCAAAUUCUAAGCACUUUGAGAAUCUUGGUGGGUGAACAAGGGACAGACUCUCGUCUUCAAAUAAAGCGGGAACACAUUACUCCUUCUUUAUGUAUAUAUGCGAGGGGAAAUAAUAUUCUUUUUAUCCUAGCUCUUGAGGAGAAAGGUAAUGGGAAACGAAUGGUAUUUUCCUAGUAAACCAUGGAGAAUGAAUAGACAAAUGGUAACAUGCCGUUUCAUCCAAAACCAUAAACUAGGCCAUGUAACUUUACCUAAAGUGGAUGCAGCUGUUUCUUCCCUGUCCAACUAGUCUGGUUUUUCCUGUGGAAUUUUUGCUUUCUUUUCUUGUACUCCCUUAAGACUCAACUGUAAAAGAAAACAAAUCUUUGUCCAAUUAGAGUAUUAGAUGGGAAUUUUGAAGGAAUUAUUUGAAGCCCAGAGAUAAAAUAUCAGAAUCUCCGAAACUCAAAGUUGGUAUAAUAUAUAAUGAUUAAAAACUCUCCCUCUAGAGUCCGACACACCCGAAUUCAGAUGAAAUCAUGGCUAGGUGACUUUGAAUAAACUAUUGCCCCAAUAUCCGUCUUCUUAUCAGUAAAGUAAGAGUACUAAAACAACAUACUUUGUAUUAAAAUAAGAAUAUGUACAUGAAAUAGCAUCAUGCUGGGUUCACAGUAAAGACUCAAAGAAAAGUAGCUAUUACUACUUUUGGUUAAAGCUCGUAUCUGUAUAGAGCAUACAUAUCGGAGAGACCAGAAGCUCAGAGAUUUGGAAUGGAAGAGGGGUAGUGUCAGAAAUAAACCAAGACUUUUAGAGACAUCCUUUGUAGGUACCUACUCUGUUCUGGAACGUCAGACAUACAUCUCCUUAAAUCUGUCCGUAAUUCCCACAGUGCCACAUCUGUUUUAUUAUGUGGACUAAUCCUCACAUUUCUUCACCUCCAAGGAGUCGACUACCACAAAAGUGAUUCAGAGUUGCUAGAACGUUCCGAAUGAGCACUGCAAGAAAAGGUGAUUCUGGAAAGAAGGGACCCCACCUAGAUGGGUUUAAUUUUAGCCGAGUUUUUUUCCUUGGCACAAACCAAAUAGACUCUGUCUUAUUAAAAACUCUAAGCUGAUUAAGGGUCGGGUUCAUGGCAAAUUCCUUUUAAAACAAUCUUGCACAGCAUUGAACUUAGCGGGUACCUGGUAUUUAUUUGCUUCAUGAAUAGAAUUAAUAAAUAGGUGAGUAUGGUCUCAUUAUCCCCAAAUAUUUUGUGAGUGUCUGCUCACUGUUGAUUUUACCAAGAGGUUUUUAAGGAAACAAAUAUCAAAAACAAACAAACCCAACAACUGGAGAUACCAAAAAUCUAAUUUGGGUGUGGAGGAAGGUUGUACACAGACACAUGGACAUACAUGCACAGACAUGGCUGAUAGUGCUAGGAAGGCCAAAGCCAGAAGCUAUACUAAUGUCCAUAGCAGAUCACCUCUGCCCCACUCACAGGAACAGGUGUGAGCAAAGAUAUGCAACACUAUCAUGUUAACUUAUGCUUGCUUACCACAGGGAAUGAAUUCUGACAAAGUUCUCAGCUCAGACUGGAAUUACACAUUUAAUUCUUUCACAUAUUACUGAAACCCCCUUUCUGGCUUUUCAAGAGAACCUGAAGGUUAUAAGCCUUAAUUGUUGGACUUUGACUUAGAGCAUCUACUCAAACCACCUUUGUUCGUGAACUCCCAUGAGGUACUUUGGCUACUGUUUAAAAUAUUUAUGGGACAGAAUAUUUGAGAUGACUGCUCGAUAUUUACAGGACCUGUGAACAGUCCUCUUGCAUUCUGUGGUGCAUCACGUCGGUCCUUAAUGAGGAAAGAGCUCACGUAAUAACCCUCCUACUUAAUUCAAGUCACGCUUCUGUGGGGCCACACUGAGUCCAUGUCUGAGGGAAUAGCAUAGUUCAGCCUUGGCACUCUGAGAGCACCCUCCCCGCUGAGACUCUCUGUGAAAACACCCUUAACUAAAAAAAGAAAAUGUGGGGUUCCCUUGCCAGAAAAAGAAAAGCUGUGUUCUCAUGUUUUUUCCCCUCUUUACUCUCUCUCAUCACCUGCACAGACUACUAUUAAUAACCUCAUUUUAGUGGUUUUUAAAAUGUGAUAUUUAUAACAGGAAAGUGGAGUUGGUAUUUGGAUUAUUUCCUUUAGGCUUAAUCAUGUUUGUUCUUCCUCAUUUAUCUGGUAGUCGCACAUAUGUUGGUGGCAUAAACCCUCAGAUGGGCCUUUGCAAUCAGUGGAAAGCCAUUAAUCAUGAUGCUUGCCCCAGAUUUUGAAAAUUUCCAGCUCUACCUGCCAAUUUGAAAAUAACCCCGGGAGAAUUGGUCGAGUGUGGCUUUCAUGGUCACCACCUUCAUUUGUGUCAUUUCUGCCUUGUAUCGCUACACUAGAUAUUAUUCUGAAUGUUUCUCGAUGAGCAAGGACUAUCCUCCAGCCAUAUCUCACUAGUUAUCCAUUAACUCAUUUCUGUGAGAAUUUUGAAGGUUUCAAUAGUUUGGAAAGAGCUUCCAGAGCCACCGACUCCCUGACUGAAGAUUUAUGUAUAGGAUCCACUUUGUAAUUUGGGGGGUGAGAUAAGAGAACUGUGAAUUUCUGUUUCUCUUGUGGACAAACAUCCUUUUAUCUGAGGGCAUUCUCUUAAAAAAUUGUAGGCCCAAUACUUAAUUUUUUUCACACCUCUUCAAAUAUGUAGUAGAUAUAUUGCAGUGUCAUAUUACAAUAUUAAUGCAUCGCGGAAAGUCACAAUAAAAUUCAUAAUUCCAAACUCUAAGAAUUGUCUCUUGCUUACUGCUGGAUGGACUGCUCGUUUUAGGAACUGUUUUGAUUCAUGUGUCAUUUAAGUUGGGUCAUUUUAGGAGUUUUGGAGGCAAUGCAGCCUUAUAAUUUGCACUUUACUGGGAAAGCAGGAGCAUUCUAGCACCAUUGACUUGUAAAUACAAUUUAUCAAUAUUUCAUAAUUUGCAUGAGUUUCCUUUACAAUUACCUAGCAGCAGUUAUUCUCUGCAGUGUUCUUUCAAAAAAAAAAAAAAGAAAAGAAAGAAAAUGCUGCAGGGACAGACACAGUAGAGUGACCACCAGAAUAGCAGCGAUAACAGUAAUGAUCAAUAUUCGAAAAUAUGUAAAGGUCCCAACUUAGGGAGACAUUAAAACCUAAAUGCCUUCUGGUUUCCAGAUCUGUGUAAUUAAAUUCUGACUGAUGGGUUUUCGGCAAUAUGCUGGAGCUGGUCUCUCUUCUUUAAGAGCCCAGAGAACCAGAACUUGGUUUGAUCUGAAAAAUCAGUCCGAGCCCAGGUGAAUUGUGCUCUCUUAAAUAUUGUUAGCAGAUGUGACUCAUCAUUGUUUGCAGAGGCUCUUUAGAAAUGCCUCCAGACAAAGGAAAUUCUUGGAUCUUGCCUCUUGAAAGAUGAGGCACCAGGUGAGGCCGCAGGGUUUCCCCCGCGUGCAUCCCGCAGUAUAGAGAGGAUGCUGAGUUGACCACAGGACCCAGUGCAGUAAAGGAGCUCUUUCAACGGGAAAACAGAGAGGAGAUUUGUAGUCGUUCUAAAGAAGUAGUUUUACCUCACACGUUAUGGCUAUUUUAUUGUCUACAUACAGAGGAUAGCUAGCUGAAUAGACUUUAAGUGGUUGGCUAGGAGCCAAAAUAGGGAGUGUUUUAGAGCCACGUUCCCUGACGUCUAAAUUCUAAAAUGGACUGGAUGGGUGGUCUAGUUCUGACAUCUUCCCUCCUCCACGCGCCCCCCCCCCCCCCAGUCCCUCACGCACAAAUAGUUAACAGAGGAAAGAAGAAGUAAAGGGGUUUCUUUCUGGUCCUCGAAUUUAUUUGUGCCUGUAACUCUUGUCCCGGGAGAGACAGUCAUUUGAGUGCCUAGUGGAUGUAACAUUUUAAGUAGAAAAGCAUUUUUAAGUGUUGAUUUAUAAUUUAUAUGGGAUGGUGUCCCUCUGUCCAUAGAUCUUGACUCCAGAAAUAGGAAGCAAUACAAUUCAUGUAGUAUUUGAAUUGGGCUCAGAGAAGCGACCAAAUGAGGAGCCGUCAUCAAAUCACAGUGUGGUAGAAGGUACACCUGGAGUGUGUCUGCAGCUCCCAUCUGCUAUUGUUCUGUUUUCCCUGUGAUGUAAGCCUGAACAACUCUGGUAGGACCCUUUGACAAAGAAGGACUUUAGAAGGACCUACAGUGUACUUUUAAUGGUCACUUUCGCAUACCUCCCCGUGAGUUAAAAAUCAGCACAGGGAAAUAUCAGGGAGACUGGUGUGGGUCAGGAAUAGCGUAUGAGCUUUUCCUUGCCACAAAUAAUAGGGUCUGAUUUGACACUUGAGUGUGAAUUUGUUGACUUAAAGCCUGUAUAUUAUUUUUUGGAAGGAAUUAUCCAUUUGUGGAUAAUAUUAGAAAACUGACUGUAAUAUAAAUAAUUUAUUUGGGGAUUUGGAGUCACUAAUCCAGAUUGAUUAGUUGUCUGCUACAAAAAUUCAUGUGGCCACAAGGAUUUUUGGCACCUUUUCUCCCUACAGCUUCCUCGUUCUUUUUCUCUUCUUUAGGAUUUACUCAGCUCCAGGCAACUCUGUUCCCUUGGCAUUAGCUUGUCGUUAAGGAAAUCUACUGGGAUAUCUCAGAGGUGGGGGAAGGGGUAAUAUUUACUGCAGAUUACUCUGCCCCAUCUCUGUUGUUAACUUCUGUACUUGGUUGAUUUGAACCUAGAGGGAACAAGGAAGUCUCAUAUGCCUUAUCUGCAGGCAUCGUAUGGUGAACAUCCCAAGACAGAAGUGUAAAGGAUGUUGUGGCAAAGUAGGAAUAGGCUUCCAACAGUCUCUCCAUGAAGGAGAGUCUGUGUUUUCUUAGAUCUCUGUAGGUAUUUUGCAACCAGAGAGCUUCUCAGCAAGCAGCAUUUGUAAACUCAAGAGAGGAGGAAGGAGAAGCCAAAUCACAGCUGCUGAAUAGGUCAGAUUAGCAAAGGAGAGUUGGCCAUUACAAGCCUGACACUGAGCAUCUGCUAAAGGGAAAUCAGUUGUCCAGGUCACUUAAAGACUUUGUGCCUCAGUCUUCUCAUAAAUGAUUCAACAGAGAGUUAUUAAGACUCUGCUGGGUCUGUUUGGACUAUGGACUGGGUCCACUGAGGGAAUACAACAAUGGAUCAGACAUCCUGUUCUUGAGGACUUGAUAGUCUAGUAAGGGCAGAAGGACUUAAUUCAUCCAUUCAUUCAACAAACUUUUAUCUAGUGCAUCUUAAGAACCAGGCACUGCCAUGAGCAAAACAGACAAAGCUUUAUCUUUUGGUGGGAGGAGACAGAUGAUAAACCAGUAUAUAUGUAAUGUGCCCAGUGGUAUUAAAUAUUAUGAAGGGAAAUAAGGCCCAAUAAGGGGAUAAACAGUGGGGAAUAUGGGUGCUAUUUUACAUAGUGUGGUCAGGGAAGGCUUUUCUAAUCUGUUGACAUUUGAGCUCAGACCUAAAGAAGGCAAAGAAGAGAGCUAUGCAGACAUUAGGGACUUUGAUUCUAGGAAGAGAAAACAGUAAAUGUGGAGGCUUUGAGGGAUGCUGGGGAUACAAUAAGGGGUCAGUGUGGCUUGAGGGACAUGAAUGAAGGAGAGAGCAUUUGGAGAUGGGAGUAGCAGGAAACCAAAUUGUAUCGGACCUUCUAGGCCAAGGAGAGGACUUGGCAAAUCCUCAAUAAGCUAUGAUAUGCCCCACAGAGGAAUGCACAUACCAAAUCCAUUUAUUUCUUGAUAUAAGAACUGUAUCUUGAGCCCCUAUGAUAGGUUAGAUACUUAAUGUUUAGUGGUGGGCAGAGCAAGCAUAGAGUCUAGUAUGGAGCUGUAGACAAAGGCCUGAUUUGUAACAUUGCCAAAGAGAGACACUCUCUCAUCUACCAUGGCAACAUCCUUUAGUAUCCCCAAAGGUUUUUUCUUUAUGCAUGUAAUACUAAAAGCUGAGUUACUUACAUGGGAUACUUGACUUCACAUACUACCCACUCAUGCAAACAAUUCCUUUUUCAUUUAAUGGAAAUCUAAAUCUGUGGCUUCCAACUUAUCCCUUAUCUCCUGACACCAUUUAGAUCAUAAGCCCCCAGGUCUCAAGUACAUUUAUCCUGAAGCUUCAUUUUUCUCCCUAAUAGUUACCAGAUUUAGCAAUAAAAAUAGAAGACACCAAGUUAAAUUUGAACUUCAUGUAAACAGUGAAUAAUUUUGUAGUAUUACAUGGGAUAUACUUAUACAAAAAAAAAAUCUCUGUUUAUCUAAAUUAACUCCUAUAUUUUAUCUGGCAACCAGUCCUAAUUCUCCCCACGGUCCCAUGGGCAGUAGUGACAGCAACAUGUGAAAAGGUUUGAUUAGUCUGUGAUGACUUCACUGAUCACAAAAGGUCAAACCACGGGAAUUUAACUCACUGAAAAAUGAACCCUGGGAAGAGUACCACAAAGUUCUAAUGAGUUGACUGCUUAAAUUCCAUUCCUCCUGCAUCUGCUGGUACCUAGUCCAGUAGUUAUCUUGGAACAAUAAGCCUCUUGUAAGGCACAGUCAAUAGGUACAGUAUAAGAAUUGAGAGCCAUUGAAUCUAUGCAAGUAAAUUUGUAAGUUUAAUUAGUGGGAUAUCAAUUGAGUAAGCCAUUGGACAGUAUGUGAGUCACUUCUUCAGAGCAAGUACGAAGGAAGUAUAUACUCUGUUACAAGAUUUAGUUACCAGCAGAUGAUUUGCUUCCUGAAAGAUGAUGAAAGUAGAAAAUCAGUCAAAUAGUAAAGCACUGGGAAAUUCCACAUUCAAAGAUGAAGUAGAGAAAAGGCAUUUCAAAUAGACUUGAAAAUAGAAGGUGCCAUAUUUUUUGUGUGCUGUGUGGGAAACAAAAUAUAUAUGUUUUCAUUUGUAAUUGAGGAGGUAUGACAAAACUUAUCAGAAUAUGUUACCAAAACGCAGUGUGAUCUUUGAACCCUCCCAUUAAAAAAAAAAAAAAAAAGAAUAACGUUCACAGAUUCAGGGAAGACAGUUUGGAAAGUUACGGUUAAACUCUGCUGGGCUUUAGAGGCAGAAAAUGAUAAAAAGAAUGGUUUGGGUGAUAAUCAUGAUAAUAGCUUACAUUCAUUGUGGACUUUCUGUGUGGUGUUUUGUUACUUUCUGCCUGGUGGUCUUCCAAGAAGACUGUGCCCUGAUGGAAUUAUAUGUGCAGGGAUUUAUUGGGGGUAAAGCCUAUGAAAUAUAAGGAGAGAGAGCAAAAGUCAGCUGGGACAGCUUUUAGACCACUCUACUGACCUGAUAACUGUGAAAGGAGAUGGGGAAGGGAGGAGGAUUGAAUGGGAAGAAUCUCACAUAGCAGUAAGCUUCUAAGAAAGUUUUAUAUAGGCCAAUGGAGAGUCUUUGAACCAAAGUUACUUGUUAGAAGAGUUCUGUGUCCCAUAGAAAUGGGGUAUUCUCCCCCUUAGUCAUUGUCUGGGAGCCUGGAGGAACGGUGACUUUUGAACAGAGGGGUGGUAGCUGGAGUUAUCAGGCCAUUAGGCUCCUUGCAGCAAGUGAUCUGAUGGCUCAUUUUUAUGGCCACCAUGGCAAAAUGUUAUGCUAGGAGUUCUGUUAUUCGUAUUUAAUCGUAAUUAGCCACCCUACAGAGAGAGGUAGCAUUGGUGUGCCCAUUUUACAUAUGAGGAAACUAAGACACAAAGAAUUUAAAUAGUUUGCCCACAGUCAAGAAGGUGGAAAGUGUAUUUAGGUUUAUUUUAACUCCAGAGUCUACUUGCGUAUCCAUUACGCUGUAUUAUAGAAAGAAUGGUAACAACCUCCAGUUCCAUAACUUAUUGAUUAUGUAAAUUUGGGCGAGCACUUUGAACUCUUGGACUUGUGUUUCCUCAUUUGUAAGGUGGGAUGUCAUCACCUUCCCAGGAAGUGUGUUUUGGUCGCUGUUUUGUUUUGAGCUUAAACAAUGUUAGUUCCUUUUCCUUCCUCAUGUUUUUCUCUCAUCUGGGAUUGUCAUCUCUUCCUUUAUUCCUUAUCUCAUCCUCCCAGGUAUCUGCCUCAGCCUUGCUGAGGCUCCCACAGGUUUAAUUAUGUCCUCAGAACUAACAGGACUGUUUCUGUGCAGAUUAUAUGUAUGAAUGUAUGUAUGCACAUGUAAAGUACCCAGAACUUGUAACGGUCCAUAGUAGAUACUCAAUAAAGUGUAGCCCGCCUUCUCUUUCAUCCACCUCAUUGCCUCAUGGACGUGAGCUAUAUGCCAGGUGGCAAUCCAGAAUACAUUUUUUUCUUGCUUUAGAUAUUUGGAGAGCAAAAUUACGUUCUUAUUUUUCUUACUAACAUUCUUUACUUUUCCCCUACAAUCUCAAGUGUUAUGAGUAUUUGAUUCGUUAAUAGAUGGUUUAAUUUUUUAAUGUUUAUUUAUUUUUGAGAGACAGAGAGACAGAGCACAAGUGGGGGAGGGUCAGAGAGAGACAGAGACACAGAAUCCGAAGCAGGCUCCAGGCUCUGAGCUGUCAGCACAGAGCUCUACGCAGGGCUCAAACCCACGGGCUGCGAGAUCAUGAGCUGAGCUUAACUGACUGAGCCACCCAGGCACCCCUUUAAUGGAUGGUUUUAAACAAUGGACUCAAUUUUCACUUGAUUUUUCUGCUGGAGAUGGAAAGUAUAGAAUGGGAUGAGUUGUAAGGUAUUUAUAACAGAUGCCAUUAUGUUUGUUGAAUAGCAUAAAACAAUUAUAAUUUGCAAUAAAUUUGAAAGUAUUUCAAUGAUACAAGGUGUUGGAAUGUAUUUAUUGAAAAUAUAAAAUGUUUAUUGCCAUUCCCCAUUUUUUGUGCAGUACAGUCGAAACUUGCACCCUCAUCCCUUUGAUUUUAGAUUUCUGAAUUAUUUAAAAGAAUCGGUUAAUUCUCCAUUUCAAGUGAGGAAGACCAAGUUCAUUAGGAUAUCUGAUUCCUAGCAUGUCCCACAUUCACAGAUCAUGUUAACUCCAUAGAGAGGUUUAUCUUCUUUUAAAAUUGCAAAUGCUGCCCAAACUGAAAGCUUUUCCAUUAAAUGCAUUCUUGCAGCUUUGGACUAUAAG